AUGGCCACCGGGGAGGUGUUUGAAAGAUUUGUAAAUGACAUUUUCAAUGAAUCAGAAUCUGAGGAAGAAUUUGGUGGGAGCGAUUCUGAAGAAGAUAAUGUGGAAAUAAAUAACGAAGAUAGUGAAAGUGAACAAAGUGCUGAUGAACUAGAAGUAAAUGGAGAUGAUGAAAUGGAUGAAAAUUUACGCUUUUAUAUUGGCAAGAAUCAACUAACAUUGUGGAUGAACAAACCACCAUGUCAAAAUGUUCGAGUUUUGGAUCGGAACGUUAUACCUGCAAUGCACGCACCAGGAGUGAAACCAGCAGGUAAAAAUUCUCUUACACCUAUACAGGCCUUUGAGCUUUAUUUCACCGAUGAAAUUCUAGGCAAAAUUGUUGAUUAUACAAAUGAAAAAAUUGAUCAACUGAGAGGUAGUUAUAAUAGGGAACGUGAUGCAAAAAGUACUAACUUAGCUGAAAUAAAAGCUGUAAUUGGUCUUUUAUAUUUAGCUGGUGUGAAGAAAAGCUCACACGUCAACUUGAAAGAUUUAUGGGCAAGAAAUGGGUUGGGCUUUGAAUUAUUUUGCUGUGUAAUGAGUCUCCCGAGGUUUGAAUUUUUGUUGACUGCUAUACGUUUUGAUAGCAUCGCAACCAGAGAUCAAAGAAUAAAAGUUGAUAACCUUGCACCUAUCAGAGAAAUCUUUACUGACUUAGUUGAAAAUUUCCAAAAGUACUAUUCACUUGGUCAUUUGGUGACUCUGGACGAGAAACUUGAGGCAUUUAGAGGCAGAUGCCAAUUUCGGCAAUACAUCCCCAACAAGCCGGCCAAGUAUGGCAUCAAACUAUUUGCGUUGGUUGAUGCAAGAAUGUCAUAUACAUUCAACUUGGAAAUUUAUGCCGCUAAACAGCCUGAGGGCCCAUUUAAGGUUUCAAAUGCAGCAAAAGAUGUUACUAUGAGAAUGAUAAAGCCAAUAGAAAUUCAGGAAGAAACCUAA